AUGGAGUUCUCUAAAGGUAAGGAGUUUUUUGCCAAAAAAUUCGAGUUUUUACAAAAAACCGGACUAAAAGGCAUUGAUAAAGUGCUUGGAGAACAAAGUAACUUGUUACCUAAUGCUACAGCUACCGCAACUAAUGCUGUGAAUACGUCACAGAACGCCGUUAAUGCUGCUGGAGGUGUCACGAAUGAAGCAGAAACUAAGGUUCAAGAUGCUGGAGCUAACGUAAAUGAAACUGAAAAUGCCCAAGCGGAAGGAACCUCGGGACAGACAGCUGAAGGAAGUGAAAUUAAGGAAAAUUUUGAUGAUGAUUUGCUCUGGAGUAAUAAUUAUACAUACGAUACCUUCAUAGACUCACUAAAUAUUCAAUACGACGAAAGAGGAAGUAAUGCGCAAGAGAAGAGGCAUUGGAGUUAUCCAAGACGUUGGAGCGUCAAGCUGUUUAAUUUAAAAAUAGUUAACCUGCUCCCCGAAAGCCUGAGCUGUUUUGCAGAAUUCGACUUUGGAGGAACUCGAGAUGAAUGUAGAGUACAAAUAGGAAGCUCAAACUAUAUUUUAAGCAGAGGAAAGAGCAAGAAUUAUAUCAGAACACCUGUUUUGAAGGAUAUAGAAAAGGAUCAGUCCAGAAGUUUCCAAUGUUCACACUCAUUUGAGUAUCGAGGAAGCUAUUUGGACCUGGAAAAUGAAAAACUAAGAAUAAAACUUUGGAGCUGUAAAAAGUAUACAGUCAAUAGCCUUGUGAGUAUAUAUGACCAGUUUCUUAUCAAAUUCGCAGAAGGAGAUGAACAUAUAGAAAUACCAAUGUAUAAGUACAUAGACAAUCAGAAAAAAAUAACCUGUAACCUGUCAUUUAAUCUGUUUUUCCAAGAACUUUAUGAUUUUGAAAUAAACCUGAUAAAUUUCAAAAUCAACAACGCUAUUUCAACAUACUUCCUCUUCAAUUACCUCCAGCUCCAUUUAUCGAAACUAAACGACGGUCCUGUAAAUAAUGAUUCCACACCUAACAAUAAGGAAAGUUCCAACAAAUACGUAAAUGAGUGGAAUUUACUAGAUAAGAUGAGGUAUAGCAUAUUUAGAACGAAAAUGGAACGGAAAAUGAAGAAGAUUAAAGCAUCUAAGAAAAAAGAAAAGGAAAAGGAACAACAAGAAGAAGAAGAUAGCGGUAGUGAUUUUGAUGAAGAUGAUGAGUUUGAAGCAGAAGAAAAUCAAGACUCUGAAGGUAACACUACAAAAGUAGAUCCACCAAGUAAUGACACACAAACAAGUCAAAAGGCACAAAAAAAGAAAAAGAAGAAGAAGAAAUCUAAAGCGGGAGUUGGAUUUAAGAGUGCGGAAGAGGAUAAAGAAAAAAAGGAUAAAGAUACAACCUUAACAUUCCAAAGUGAUAACAACGAAUAUAUCUCAAUUCUGAGAGAUAACAUUAAGUUCUUCGUCCAGGUCGGUAAGUAUGUGCCAUUUGUGUGUGAAAUAGAACCCUGGCCCAGAGUGUUCAUAAGACUCAAAACGGAUAGCAUGCAUUUAAAGAAUAUGUCACUGUUAUCACACUCGGUGAAAAAUGCAUUUAGCUGUGAGUGGGAUAACUUGGGAGAAAUUGUAUUCAGAGGCACCUUGAACGAGCUGUGUAACUCGCACCUGGAAAUAAAACUGAUGGAUUGGAGUGCGCCAAAGGCGGCAAAUUGUAUAGGAGUGGCAAUAAUACCAAUGGAAUCGAUUGUGGAUUACCCCUAUAUAAGUAGUAGACUAUACCCACCAGAGUGGCUCAAACUUAAGAGUCAGUAUGAAGGAUGGAAUGAUAAGCUCGAAGAUUUACACCUAGGGACUGUAACAGGAACAAUGAUCGUGAACCGAAAGCCUAGAUAUAGACAACUUAGAGGUACGAACAGAACCUCAAGUUCAAGCCAUCUCCUAAUUGUCCAUAUUAAUAGCAUUGACCAGUUAUUGGCAAAUACACAAGAGUCCGUAGAUUCAUACGUAGAAGUUACAUUUAAUAACGUAACACUGAGGACAAAUUUGUGUAAAGAUAUGCUUGGACCGAAGUAUAACGAAGAAAUUUACAUACCAAUACCGACAGUGACAACAUAUGAAGAACUGCUUGAAAUGGGCUCUAUUAAAAUCACAGUUUGGGGUUACAUUAUGGAAAAGUUAAACUACUUUGGAAGCUGUGAAAUCACAGUCAAUGAGGUACAUUACAACAAAAAUACACUCAGACCACUGACGAAGAAAAUGCAUAAUUUAAUGGACUCAUUUAAAUAUGAAGUAACCUAUGAAACUAUCGUCUACACAACCUCGAAAAGACUAUACCAUUACCAAUAUAAUGAACAAGAUAAUAUCUCAAAUAUAUCAUUUUCAGCAUGGUUUUAUCCAUUGAUAGUGCCAAAUAGGACAUCGGAUAUUAAUAGAAUUCGAAAUACAGUGAACCCUAAUUUGAAACAAGGUAACAAUGGAUUUAGCGAUUGCGAGAAAUUAAUUGAGAUUUGGAGAAAUAUAUGUAUGAUAACAAAUAAUGAAUAUUUUGGAGAUUAUUAUUAUUUCUAUGAUCAGUUUGGAAAUAAAAUGUUCCCAAGUAGUUUUGUACAACCAAUACAUUCACCACCGACAGUUGAUAGCGUCAAUCACAUGUUCCAUUUUGUAAAUUCAAUACCGUUUGUAAACAAAAGAUUGCAAAACGUAUUCACAAUAGACUUUCUGUUAAAAUUGAAGAGUGGUAGCAUAAUAGACCACUGCAUCUUGUUUCUUAGUUUUUUAAUCAAUUAUAACCCCAAUUUCGAAGUCUACACAGCAAUUGGACAACAAAAGGAUAAAAAGUUCAAUGCAUUUCUUGUACAAUUUAUCCAAUCAGAUACAUCAAAUGUUGAUGAAAAGGUAGUUGAAAGUGUUAACCCACAAAAUAAAAAUAUUAGAGAGAUGAUAAUAUAUGAUUUCAAUGCCAAGCAUAGUAGAAGAAUAAGUAUGAAUAGUGAAAUGAAAAGGGAAGUUAAAAAGUUAAAUUUUCAAACAAUAAAUAUAUUGUUUAAUGAUAGGAAUUUGUGGUUAAAUGUACAGAAUAGAAAAGAUAUUUCAAGCCUAGACUAUGAUAUUAAUAAUAUAAAUAACUGGUACCCAUUCGUACCUUAUAACCCAACGAUGCACAUAACAAAGGACUAUUAUCAUAAAAUCAUCGGUAAAAUUAACAGCCAUAUCACAUCAAAUGUGUGUGGCAGGCCAGAUAAAGGAGAAAAUAUUGUGUAUUAUAUAAAUUGGCAUAGAAAGAAUGAGUAUGUGGUGAAUAUGAUAGAGAAUAGAAUGUUGGAGGAGCUGAAGCGUUAUAUAAGUAUGUACAGAAGCGCCCAGAACCUAGUGACGAACUUUAACGCAUGCCACAAAUUACAGAAGUUUUUGAAGAGAUAUAUUAAGAUGGUACACGACCGAGAUACAAAUAACGAAGAUAAUUUGGAGAUUAUAAAGAGCCAAAUCAGAGAAUGGAGGUCCCAGUUGGAGAACAAAAUCCCAAGAGGGUACCGAAUCCUAAUAAGGACAGUACGAUUUAACACAAUUGACUCGGGGAAUAUGUUCGACGUAAUUAAGCAUAAAUUGGACUUUUUAGACUCCAGAGAAAGUACAAGUAUAUUUGUGGUGGCCUUGAAAAUCUUCGAAAUGUGCUCUAACCUCUUUAGCACAUACUUCCUCAUCAUGCACGCAAAUAAGAUAGAUGAAACACUGAGAAAUAUAAUACUACUGCAAACAAAUGUAGAAGACAAGGUGAGGAGUAGAUCGCCAGAACAUUCAGAAGAAAAUUCAAAGAAUAAAACACUUGAAGAGUUAACAUUUGAAAGUAAUGUUGCAGAUGUUUUGUAUGAUCCAGAAGGUACGGGUAAAGCAGAUGAAGAUAGGCUUCAGCGUAUCAGAUCACUCAAGACGAGAACUAAAACAUUCAAUAGGUCAAAAUCAAGAUUCAAUACGUUUAAAUCGACCUUGCAAUUGUCUAGUGGGCCAUCCAAAAGCCUAGUUUUAAGUGAUCACGUUUCUAGUGACUACAUGACUGAUAUGCCAUCUCAAGAGUCAGAAUUUUAUGAAAACUUGAAUGACGAAGAAGUAUUAAAGAUGGACUCGUAUGAUUUCACAACUGAAAAGGAAAAAAGAUCCAAAUACAGACCCGAGUACUCUUCAAGUUAUACGUUUAGUAGCAUGAAAUCGUAUACUACUAAUAGUCUUCGCGAGGUUUUAUCAGGAGGAACACUGGUGAGUGAUAUGUUAACUAAUACCCUGGGCUCUGGAUUUGAGACGAACAUUUUGAGUAGUUCAACAUAUAGUGAUGGGUUAAACAGGACUUUAACAAGUAGUACUAUUUUGAAGAAAAUACUCACAGAUUCCAACAUCACUAGUGAUUUCGAGAACCAAAUGACUUCAAACGAUGCCAAUUUGUACUUGAAGAAGAUUCUGACAAACUCUUCAAUUUCCAGUGAAUCUAAAGUUGACAAGCAAAGGAUUAAAGAUACAAAAAGUGAUGGUACCAGUGACGUUUUUAGCACAUUAAGCAAUACUGAUGAUACUUUCAGUAGCAGUAGUACUGACCGUAGAAUAGUAGUCAAUAAAAAGUUACCUCUGAAUAGCAAAAUUAUUAAAAAUAAAGGCAGUAGCAACUUGCUCAGUGAACUAGACAAAUUCUCAAAUCUGGAUACGUUAAAACUUGGUUCCUCAAAUCUUGAUAUUAAUGUACAAAACAGCGCUAACAUAUUCCCAUCACCAAGUAAUCAAAUCAGUUCUUUUGCUAAAACCAAGUCUAUUGAAACAAAGUCUUCUGAAACCAGGUCUAUUAAAACAAGUUCUUCUAAAACCAGUUCUAUUAAAAUAAAGUCUUCUGAAACUGAGUCUAGUAGUUUAUUUACAAGUGAUAUUUAUUCAUCAGAGUAUACCAGUGAAAAAACAGCCAGUGAAAGUAUAUACAGGACCGAGUCAAGACGCUCUCAAAGUUUGAUAAGUAGUCAAAGAAGUAGAACUGCAAGUAGUCUCACAAAAACAUUAUCAAGUAGUAGUAGACCAACGGAUCCUGUUAGUAAAGUUAGUGAUACUACAAGUAGCAAAAGCUUAAUUAAAAGUCUCCAAAGUAGUAGAAUUGGUGAUAGUAGGAAACUCACUGAUAAGUUAAGUAGUAAAAGCUUGAUUAACAGUAUAGAAAGUAAAAGAAUUAGUGAAAGUAGCGGAAUAGAUGACGAAAGUAUAUUUGAAGUUGAUAGUAAAAGUAAGGUUAAUAGAGCUGAAAGUUAUAGUUCGAGUGGUAGCAACAUAAACAGUAUAAUAAGGAGUAGUAACUCACCGAGUGAUGAAUCUGUGCUUGAAGAACCAACACGCAGGAAAUCAACCUUAAGAAUUGAGAGCAUAAGUAGUAUUUCUAGUAUAAUCACCCAAAGUUCCUUUACAACCACGAGUAACAAUAUGGAUAAUUUCAGAAUUAUCAAAAAUCCUUCCGAUAAUAUCGAUCAAACCAAAGGAAUUAAACAAAAGCUAAUCUCGAGUAUUGUUGAAACUGAUAAGUCAGAACCAAUUGAAACCAUAAACGAUGAUUCUGAUGUUAUUUCAAAUUUUAGUGACACGGUAAGGGAAAGUAGUAAUGAUUUGAGUGCAAGUGAUCAGGGAUCUAGGAACAGAGAUGAUACGAGUUCUAGUAGUAUUCAUACUAUCAGAGCAAAUGAGGAAAGUUUAAGUGAUUUCUCAACAACGUCUUCAGGUACAACUGUGAUUUCAACUAGUAGUACACUAACAUCCAAAUAUACAAUUAGUGCCACAGGAAGCUCUAAAUAUACCAAUAAUGUGACAAAUAGUCAAACUUUUAGUUAUAAAACAAAGAGUAGUAACUUACAAUUAGAAGAUUCUACCAUACAAUUAGAUAGCUCGAGUAAAGAAUUGGAUGAAACAAGUAAAGAAUUAGAUAGCUGGAGUAAAGAAGAAAGUGAAAUCACGAGAUCUAACGAAUAUACUGAGAGCUGGUCCUCUUUAAAUGAUAAUAGCGAAGAUAGCAGUUAUAGAAGGUAUAGAAGAGUUAACCCUUACAGUAGCUUCAUGAGCUAA